AAUUAUUUGCCGCAUCUGUUGGAAGGACUACACAGCCUGACUCCACAGUAAAUAAAGGGCCGGCGUUUUCAAUUUCUGUAGCAAAAAUCACUUUCAUACAGCCUCCAGUGAGUGUACAGUAAGCAAUAUUAAGGUUGGUGACAGGCUUCUUUUUUUCUCCUCUUGCUGCUGCAGCACUGAAUUACGAGCACGCCACAAUCGCAUUGGUCUCAGCCGGAUGAGUUCAAUUCUGCCGCGAGCUACUGGAAACACAGAGCCGGCCGACACGCGCUUUGUAUUUCUGCCGCUCCCGUAUUCAGACUUGCUCCCGCUUUGCCACCAAAUCCCUGAUUUCCAUUUUUAGGGAAAUAAGCACCCAAACUCUGACAGAGCAGAAUAAUGCCACACAGCACAGUUUAUUUUUAUUCUAUUCUCCCAUCGCUCACUUGCCUGACACAUGCCUUCCAGCCAAGAGAUCUCAGUGCUGCCUCGGGUUAGUUAACCCCACAGGAAUCUGAGCGUUCCCAUUCUGCUUAGCAUCAAAUGCUAUCUUUGCAAUUUAUGGUACCACUCCAUCAUGAUCACCUUCUAACUUGUUAUGUCUAUUUUUUCUUCCUCCCAGGCCUGGCGAGCGUGGUCAAAACUCUGCUGCGGUCAAAAAUGGCUGCUCCUCCUCUCCCCCCUCGUCCUCCUCUUCCUUGCCAUCUCCGUGAUGACGACGACUCUCCCCUUUCACGACGUCGAUUGGCGGUCCUCAAGAGCCCUGAGCUCCGCCGGGCAGUUCCGGCCCAGGAGCGGAGUCGUGGAGCCCCCUUCAGCCGCCGCCGCCUUCCAACGGCCGCUCGCUCACGUCCACAGCGGGGCCUGGAAAUCUGGAGCUCGGGGAGAGACGUCUAAACGUUUGGUGCCACCAGAAGCUCUAGGGGAGGCCGCUGGCAAUGAGAAAAACGGCAUAAAAGAGAGGAGAAAUAAACUCAAAAGCAAAGGCAUCGCCUCCAAAAGAAAGGAGACAGCAGGCGCCGUCCGGCACCCAACCAAUCAUCAGCGUCCCCGUCUCCCGAAAUUUACAGUCAACAACACAGGGCCGAAGCAUAGAAUCAAGCCAAGCGACACCGCGCAGACCUACAUUCAUCUUGAAAGGGGCAAAUCCACAGCAGCACGUAUCCCUGCUCCGGCACACGGCCUAAUGAAUGGCAGACGAGCUGCAGACAGACAGGCGGACGGACGGGACAGGAAGGCGGACACGCGAAUACAUGGCGGCCCUGCAAGUACAAAUCUAUCUGAGCAUCGCCGGGCUUUGGGAAAACACAGACAAGCAGCAAAGCCCUUUGGGAAAUCUGACAAAGUGGGUCAGGAGCAGCGGGCUGUGAAAAAGCCCACCAGAGAUCUAAAAAAACACCUUAAUCUCUCAGAGGAUCACCUCAAAGAGAGGGGGAAUCCCGGGUCGUCGGACCGCAGGAAGGCUUUGUCCGAACCAGAGGCGGCCGCGAGGGUAGAAGACGGCGGCUGGUGUCGGAGCUUCAGAGACCAGGACUUCCCAGACGCCGACCGCAGGGGGAUCAGGAUUAGUCCUGAUCUCCGGCCUCUCGCAUGGCUCAGCCAGGACGACGUCCGGAAGAUGGAGCUCCUAGCUGAGGGAGAGGUGAUCAGCAAGGCCAGGGUGCCCGCACACGGACAGGUGCUCCGAGUGGCCCUGGAUCCUCCUGCACACCAGCAGCAGCCUAAGAGGGGUUCCCCUGAGCCUGGACCCGACCACAGAAGUCCAGAAACCCACGGUGAGCUCUGCCAACAGGGGCACUGCUCCCUGAUCAAACGCACCGACGACUGGUUCGAAGUGUUGGCCUUCCACCUGGACAGGGUGCUGGGACUCAACAGGAGUCUCCCUGCGGUGCUGAGGACGUUCCGCAGCAAGAUUCUGCCGUACCGAUACAUCAGCGGCACUCCCCGACCCGUGGUGUGGUGGGAUCCGGAUAUUCAGCACCUCGCCGAUAAGGACAACGACCAGAACUCGGUGCCGCUCAGCUGGGCCCAGUACCAGAAGUUGCUGCGGCUCCGCUGUGGGAGGGAGGCAGACCUGAGGUCAGCGCCGUGCAUGGGAGUUCACCACUCAGAGUGGGGGAGACUGGCUCUCUUUGACUACCUAUUGCAGGUGAACGACCGGCUGGACAGGUACUGCUGCGGUUUCACUCCCGAUCCAGCAGAGCUCUGUGUGGAGAACCUGCUCCACACCAGGUGUGGCCGCACCCAGGACCUGCUGCUGGUCCACAUCCUGGUGAGGAAGAAGGAUCCCUCCAGACUGGUGUUCAUAGACAACGCCGGCAGACCACAGCAGUCCACCAACAACCUCAACUUCCGGCUGGUUGAAGGCAUUGAUGAGUUUCCAGAGAGAGCGGUGACGGUGCUCCAGUCAGGCUGUCUCGAGAGUCUUCUUCUACGCUCCCUUUACACGGACAGGGAAUUCUGGGACAGCCAAGGCGGGGCCAGCGGUCUCAGGCCUCUCAUCCGCACUCUGGAGCACAGAGGGAAGAUUCUCCUCCGGCACAUCAGGGACAUGAAACUGCAGCUCAAGAGGGACCUGUGACUGAGCUAGCUGAACCCAACAAGUUGACCACAUAAUUCAGGUUAAUCACAGCUGCAAUGGUUCCGCUAGUUCGGGAGCACUGCAGACACGCUGGAUCUUCAAAACAAACACCCUUUUUUUUAAGGCAAGGCAAGUUUAUUUGUAUAGCACAUUUCAACAACAAGGCAAUUCAAAGUGCUUCACAUAAAACCAUUAAAAGCAUCAGAAUGUAAGGCAAAAGAAAAGGGGUUACAAUGAAUACAACAUCCACAACCUCAGGGUCCAUGGAGCAAUCUAUUAUAACCUAACAGUGGUGAUAUUAUAACUGUAUGUGUAAGUCCAACUUAAAUCCAAAAAGUCAUUCAGUUUGCAGUCAAACUUCACUUCACAAGUGAUUUUCAAAAUAAUUAUUAAUAUUUGGUUUACUUAAAAGUGAUCAAUUGGAAAUUCCAAGCGUGACCAUGAUUGAGAGAUUGCCUCCACACCGCCCUCAACAUGACGACAGCUGAGCCGACGGCUAGAAGCUAACGGUGCUAGCAGCUAUCGGUGCUAGAAGCUAACGGUGCUUACGGCGCGAACAGUGCAAACAAGGGCAACAGUGCAGACAGAGCUAACAGUGUUUACCUGAGGGGGAGUUAUGCUCUGAAUUUCAAAUUGUGUGGAGAAGAAGAGAGUGCUCCUUCAGCCUCCAAGUCUCUGAGCGUGAGGGUCAGUUUGCAUGUCGGAUUGGCAGCUAAGCUGGCGAAGGCACCAAGCCGCCAUGUAAAAGCUAGCUGCUAGCUUAAGCUCACAAGCCAAACACACACACUGUUCUGUUAGCAGAACGACGACCAAACAGGCUCCCUGACCAUGAUUACUGUUCUAUGCAAAUAUGACCAAACGCCGUCAUAAAACAAAAAAUUAAAUGUAUAAUGCAUUAUUAUUAUUAUUAUUAAUCCUUUUGGGAUGAUUUUGUCUUUUUUGUUCAAAAGAGAGAACAGGAUUUAAAGACGUUCCACUGAGGUGCUCGUUAUUACAGGUUUCUAAGUUGUAACAUAUGAAUUAAUCAUUCACUAAUGAUUUUAUAGAUCACUUCCGAGCCAUUAAUAAUGGGUUGGAAAAAAGCUCUCUACUUGGUGUCAUCAAGAGUCAAAUAAUUAAUAAAUGUUAAUUUACCUUUUAUUAUAGUCAUAGUUAAGUUAUGAAUAAGCAGCUCUAAUAACAAUGAAGACGCAGCUCUUUGGUCCAUCACAGAUGUCUUCAUCAUGAACAACUGUCCUGCUGCAACCCAAACGCUGUCCUUAUUAAGGGCUCAUAACUGCUCUAUGAGGCAUUAAUUAACCAUUAAUAAAGCCUUUACUAACAACGUAAUAGACUCCUCACAAAGGAUGCUUUUAUUAGAAAGCGAUCUGAUCCGUACUGCCAUCAAAGCGUGCACAGAGGACGAAAUGAUUCUGCUCCUGGAGAAGAGUCAAACAAACCUCAAGGUAACGCAAGAAGCAUCGGCAAUCACACGCAGGCUCUCACGUCCAAAGUGUGUAACUCGUGCUAAUUGUUUGAUUAUCAGCAGCACACAAAUAUGUCCCCGAAGCUCAGUCUGUUGACAGGGGACGCUUGUCACUCCGAAUGUUUUUUCAUCCAGUCCGUCUGCGCUCACUAAUGUCUCUCCAAGUGUCCCCUCAUGGGAGGUAAAUGUGAGACUAAUUAUUCCCCCGCUUCUCCUCGCAGCCAAGUGAGCUGAUUUUUUUUUUCCCCUAAACAAUUUAGUGGAAAGAAGCAAAGUCUAUUUUCUUUUCUAUUUAAAUAUUUUACAGAGAGCAAGCGGCAGAUUAAAUGAUUGAUUCGGAUGUCUGUUUUUAUGAGAUAAGCUUCUUUGCUUCUAAUCGAGGGAUUAAAAAUGUCUGUCAGCAAAUAGCUUCUGGACUGGAUCCUGGAAGCCUUUUGAUGAAAAUAGACCAAAUAUAGAUACAUUACUUUUUAUGGCAUUUUUUUUCGUUUUUUUCAAGUGCCUGUCCUUGCACAUUGUUGAAAUGCACAGCGGCGUACUGAAGCUGAAAAUUGGAUAAAACUCAAGUGUCAUUAAGGAAGAACGAGAGCUGAGGCUCUUCAGUCUGAGCGACACGUUUCUAGAGCUGAACUGUCACAAAACCGUCUUCUGGUAUUUGGGUCUGGUGAAGAGCACAGAUGAUAUCACUUGGAGCUGUUUUAUGCCCGCUCUGAAUUAACAUUCCAGUCGUAACUUUGUGGAUUAAUGACAUUUUCCAUGGCUCGCUCUUUUCAUCACUGAAUAAAUGGCUCUAAUGAGAAAUGGCUGAAACGUGUGAUCCCGUCUUUAUCCCCACUUUAUCUCUCUUACAUUGAAUGUUUUGCUUCCCCCCCAUGCGUCAAACCACCAAAAGUGAGCUGGCUGCCACUGGUUUUUAGAUAACAUUCAUUUCUUGGCCAUAUAUUUUGGUCGAGCUCAUUUAAGCCCCAUCUGGGUUACAUUGGAUUAAAUGACAGCCAUACAAAGCCUGCUGCACUGCUACAGGACAGUGGUUCAAAACAGCAGGAUUGUGUUUGGAAAUCUAGAAAAGAAAGCAACCGAUAUUUGAGGGAAUGAUUGCAACGUGGAUGAGACGAUGACCAAUAACAAAGAAACACAUGGAUUGGCUGAUUUGAAACGCUGGACCUCAGGAAACCCCUUCACAUGAUGUCAGACGCAGGGUGGCAGCCAACACGGUGCAAUAACAAAAGGUCAUGAAUCCUAGUUCCUUCACUGCAACUUCACCCCCCUCUCAAAUAUUUAGAGUGAUAACAAAAUAGUCUGCAACAUGUAAUUCAUUCAAAGAAUUACGUCACUUUGUUUUUGGCAAAAAAAAUCAAACAAAAAAAGCCGCAUUCUUUGCAAGUCUUGAUUAAAAUAUUACUUUUAACGAUUGGUCAACUGUCAAGAUGGUUGCAAAAAUGUUUUUCUGUGGAACGACAAAGCGAUUAGUCGGCUAAUCGCUGCAGCUCUAUUGCAUGACGAGUGGAAAGUUGAACGUUGUGGCCGUUACAUACCCCGCUGCAGUCCAUAUGUCUGUUUCUUUAUGUUUCUUUAAUGGAUUGCUGUCUUUUGAAUUUCUCUGUUGAAUGUCUGUUUUGUAUCAUUUCAGAAAAUGUGCAAUAAAACUUCAUUGAAAAAUAGAUAUUUUGUAUAGGAUCAUUUACAGUGGGUAAAAAAGCAUCCAAUGCUAUCAAUGAAAUGAACUACAUGCUGCAGGUUAUUGUUAUUCUUCAGGUAUAGAAAGUAGAACGUAGCUCUAAAUCAAAUAAAGCGUUUACAAUAUAAUGCCAUUCAAAUAGCAAGUUUAGCUAAAGAACACCAGAAGGCUGACGUUUCUCUGACUCCAUGUUGGGUCAGUGGUGGUCCUCCAUUAUUUUCUACACUAACCAUUUUCUGUGGUUGCCAUGGUCACACAGUA